CUAUACCACUUGUCUAGGAAGCUGUCCGUUCGGGAUUUAUUCUUUUGCAUUCCUUGUCCGGUCGGAGGGUCGGCAUGCGAUGGCCGCCGCGCCCUGUGGGGAGAGAGGCGCUGUGGGAAGCAGUGGGGCAGGCGGGAGGAGAGGGAGCAGCAGGAGGAGCGGGACAGGGCGCAGUCGCAGCAGGAGGAGCGGAACAGGGCGCAGCAGCAGCUGGACUCGCGUCCCCAACCUGUGCGAUGCAACGUCGAGCAGAAGCGCAUCCUGACGACGAACGACGGGUACGUGAUUAUCCCCAUAGUGUGUGAUUGGUUAAAAAAGAUUUUCGAGAACUUUCGAUUUUUAAUUAAAAAUGACAGCUUCGCAUCGUGCAGGAAGCACAGCCAUGGUGGAAGGGAGAAGAAGUCCUCCAGAAGGCACUUGCGCAAGCGUUCGGCGGUUAAGAAGGAGGAUGGCCACUUCAUCGGUGCAAAGGAUAAGAGGCACCGGGUCGAAGUAGAACAGUCCGAGGAGCUGCCAUUAACGAUACACUGUCAGGGGAAAAACGCUACAGGGGUGAGAAGUCCCGUUGUGGGGGAGGAAUGCCCCACGGUAUGCCCCACGACAUGUCCAAGUAGGGACACUCCUCUAGCGCUACAUAACGGUGAUGAACCAGUGCUGCAUUCGUGUGUAAGACAGACCAGAGGACGGUGCAGUGUGAGCAGUGUUAGUACCUCCGCCAGCAGCGGGGAAUGGGGGCCGUGUAGCGAGGUUGCGCAAGUGGGUGAUAACUCUCCUGCGAUGAACCCCGCGGUUUGUGAAAAGGGGGACCCAGCACGCAGCACUCGAAGCAGUCGAAGCAGUCGAAGCAGGCGAAGCAAUCGAAGCAAUCGAAGCAAUCGAAGCAAUCGAAGCAGUCUCAGCAAUCUCAGCAGUCGCAGCUGUCGGGCCAAUCAGAUAAAGUACCGGUACAACAACGCCAAGGUGCGCUUGCUCGAGUUCCGCAUAAAGAACUGCAACCAUAUUUCCCUCGCCUCCAAUCGCAAGGACCAGGGCGUGCAAAACGAAAUUGCCCACAUGUACAGAGACAUGAAGUACUACUUCUCCAACUGCUCGUGGGACAUGGUGAUGUUCGAGUGCGUGGAAGGGGGAGGCAACACGCACGUGGGCGGGGGUGCCACGGAGAUCGGAAAUGGGAACGCAAGUGAACGCGCCCCAGGUGGUAACACCCUCUUGAAUGAAAUUUUCCGGUUCCGAAAUUUCGCCAUCUCGUGA